UUUGAAGCUGAUCGUCGUACUAUCAAUAUCACAAUAAAUUCUUUUGAAACUGAGUUGUCGAGAGAUGAUCGUGCAAAAUUGUUCCCAGAACUUGGUAAAUUAUAUCCAGACGGACAUAUAAAACUUACAAGGGCAGAUUCCUUGGAUCAUGUUAAGGCAAUUGUUGAGGUUUGGGUGGAAUAUAAACCUUUCUUUGAUACAACUCUAAAUUCUUUUGGUGGAGCUGCCACAAGUGAGGCAAAGACUUUAGAUGACCGUUUCUUUGAGUAUGAAACUCUAAAUAUUAUCAUGUCCAACAUAUAUUCUCAACUUCCAAAAUACGUUACGAAUUCUCAAGAGGCAAAAAAGGAACGACAACCACCAGUGUCCGAAACUACAAAAAAAUUUGUACCUGAUUUUGUGACGGGUACUUUGGAGGAAACAGUCAAAGAUUCAACUAAGGUUUAUGCUUCAAAAUUAAAAGAUAAAGUUUUACUACUCGAUAAUCCUUUGAAAACUUCUAAUGAAAAGAAAAAAAGAAAGCAUUCGAAAAAGAAGGUAAGAUCUAUGAGUGCAAAAGAGAAAAGAGAAACAAAAAUAUAUGAAAUUCCAAAGGAAUGCCACAGAUAUGAACUUUUCAUUCCUCUGAAUGAACUUUGGCUUCAAUAUAUUGAUGAGUUAUACGGAACUUCGAAUCCUGCCCAUUUUACUCAAAAGCUAUUGAAAGCAGAUUUCCAUGGCGCAAUUUUAACAGUAACGGGAAUCAACAUUCAUGAAACGGAAAAUGUAUUCAAAUUGAUCACAAAGGAUAAUGUUUUGAAAGUUAUUCCUAAAGGACACAGUGUAUUUACAUUUCUAUUACGAGACCAUAUGUUUACUUUAUAUGGAGAUCAAUUUAGAUUUAGGUCUGCUGCUAGAGCAGCGAAGAAAUUUAAGAAUAAACCUACUAUCGAUUUGUAA